AUGAGUCCAGCAAUCGCACCAGCGCGAUCAAGCUGAUGCCGUUAAGCGUUGAUUGUUUCAAUUGAUUUUUCUGCCAUACGAUCGUUGUACGGCAACCGGGGUAGCGGGAAAACCCAUCAAACCAGCUAAAUUUCCAUUAGUUGGUGCACGUGCCCUAGCGACCGGCUUUGCCCCGUCACUACCGUGCACUGUAGCCAGCAGUACGAGUGCUAGUGUUUAAGGACGAAGAUGGUGUACGCAGUUUACUUCACGGUGCUGGUGUCGUUCUUGGUCGGAAUAACGAUCGCUGGGCUGGUGCACCUUCGAAAGCAGAGUAACCAGCCAGAGGUGGAAUCAGCAGUUCGAAGCAAAAGGCAUCUGCUUCCUAUACUGGGGUUCCCCGGUCAAUCUGGCUUCUAUCCUGGAUUCACCAGCUCCAGCGCCGGCUCCAGUGCGAAUGCAAUCACCAACAGCAUAGAUGGCUUUGGUGGCUUUUCCGGCUCUAAUGCGGCAUCGAACGCGCUCAGUCAGAACGUCGGUGGAUUCGGCCUCUCGAGUUCCAACGCAAAUGCGAAUGCAUUUAGCCAAGGCUUUAAUCCCGGCGGAUUUGGUUCUUCGGCGGCGAACGCUCAGGCACAAUCGUUCCAGAGUAACGGCCCCUUAGGCUCGUUCGGUGCGUCCGCUGCCAAUGCGGCCAGCCAGGGCUUCAGUUUUGGACCAGGCGGCGUCAGCGGAUCGGCUGGUCAAUCGGGGAGCCAAUCCUACAACCUGCCCGGCAAUCGACAGAUAUCCCUCUCGUAUUCAAACGGAUUUUCGCUGGCGAACGGUUCGCCCUCGGUCUCGAAUGGAUUCAGCAUCUCGCAAAGCUAGCACCGAUCAUCGCGACGAGAGUGAUCCCCGUGCUGCUGGUGUUUUCGAAGGAACUGUGGAAGGGUUUGUUUAUUUGACUAAGACUUGAUGUUUGAAUUCCCCCCCUGCACGGCGACGUUUGCUGUCGAUUCAAUCACUAGAAUAAAUCACAGAAAGGAGGAAAACCUAUUAUGGAAACAAUUGUGUCAUUAAAUCAU